AUGGCGACUGUGCGAGAAUUACCGGAAGAGGCGGUACCGGAACUCCCUGUCAUGGUACAGAACGGCCCCGUACAGCCACUUCCUGACACACUCCCACUUCCGGCCGCUAGUCCGAAAGGUUACCCGGUGAUGCCUCUCCCAGCUGCAAUGCGUGGCUCGAUGACGUCACAGUUUGACAAGCCAUGGCGAAUUUCGUGUCCGGCCAGCAAUAACAACAGGAACGGACGCCAAUAUUUACCUCUCACUCCCCUGGGUCCGCCCAUCAUCCCACCGCCACUUCUGGCUCCUCCACUGCCGCCAUUUCCGGCGCCCAUACAGAACGGGCCCGUGCAGCCGCCAUAA